GUUUGCUUAUUGCUAUACCUUUGAGCCCUUCACGGUGAAGAAUCACUCUUCCUACCUGGCUGCCUGCAAACAUCAGUACUGGUACCUCGGAUCGGCCGCUAACCUCUGAUCGCAUAGUUUCUUUCCACCGAUGGCAAUGGCGAAACGGCAAGGACCUAGGGAUAAAGAAGACUUCACAGGGGAGCAUACUUUUGGUCAUAACCUCCUUACCACUGAGCUAGUGAAAAAGCUAUCGGAAUGUGCAACCCACUGGGCCGUUAUCAUGCACUUCGAUCACACGAUGGAAGAGGCCCCAGGCCACAACUUCUUUCCCAGUCAAGGCUUAGUCAACAUCUUCGAACAGGGCAAACUCUGCCGCGCCACAAUGCUCGCCGGCUUCAAGACCUCCAAGCAGCCGCAACGCCCCGUCCCAGCCUGCUUCUUCCGUACCCUGGACUUCCUGCUCCAACUCAUCGCCUCCGGCAACAACUACCGAGCCAUCACCGACAAGGAGGACGCCAAGGGCUUCCCUCCCGCGGGCUGGUGUCGCCCGCCCGUGGUAGCCGCACCCGAGGACGCAGCCGCCAUGACCGCCCUAGCCACCGCCGGCGCUUCCCCCGCGGAACUCACCCGCGCCCCAGCCAAUCACGUCAUCCGCCUCUUCUACGCAGCCCGCUGCUGGUGCCACGUGUACUCCUUCCACGUAUCCGCCAGCUCCGUUCGUGUGGCCAUCGGCACCUCGCCGGAGGAACUGUACAACAUGUUUAACCAGGGGCUGCUCUCCGAAUACACCAUGGUGGUGGGGCUGCUGGACACCUCCCCGCCCACCAACCUCUGGGUGCCCCCCUGCG